AUGAGCAUAGAGGGCGAUGCUGCGGUGCGGUCCAUCGCAGUUCUGUUGCCCCCCGGUGUGUAUGGCGCCACACCAGCAGUGCCCGAUAAAUCCAACAUCUCAACAACAAGUGCUGCUGCCCCUGUUGGCAUGGACUCUCUGCAGGGAUCAUCUGCGGUGUUGGCUUCAUCCUCUGUGGAUCGAUUUGAUAAACACCGACGACUGCGCCGUGCGAUGGCGGCGAAAGAGGCAACAUUAAUGGAACUCACGCGACUUCUUGUGAAUAGUAUGGAACCUCAACAAAGAGUGAAAGGUAGUAGUAAUAGUAAUAGUAGUGGUGAACCGGCUAAUACGGCGGGUGGAGGUAGUGAAAAAGAGUCACAUGGUGAGAUGGACAAGACUGUGAAUACUACAUCUACUCCCGCUCCUAUUCAUACUUCUACAGAGGCGGAAGUGAAAUAUCUUCGAGAGGAGAAUAAACGAUUAAGAAUUCGUGAGGCCACUCGUGCGAAGGAACAGGCGAAACUAGAAUCCCUUGUUUACGAUCUUCGUCGAGAGUUGGAAACUGCUGGGGAGACUCUGCGUGAUCAGACAGCUGCAAUGAAAUGUGUAGGCAAAGAGGUAGCACGAAUGGGUCCAUAUCGAAUGAUUAAAACACAGCGUGAACAACAGGUAAAGUAUGUUCCUCCAGAAACUCUUGAGGAAAAGAGUAGUGUUGUGGAUUCGUCUGAGUUACAAUCUCUUAAAGAAAAGGUGAAAAGUCUUCAGAGUAAUCUAGCAAAAGAACAGAAACGUCGUGAGCAUUUUGAAAGACGUUGUGCGGAGUUGCAGGCAAUAUCAUUACGAUAUAAGUUGACUGAAUUACGCAGAACUGUAGAAGGUGAUAAUGAAGAGAACGUUGAUAUUUCUUUACAAGGUGCUACUGUUAAUGAUAAUGAUAAUGAUGGUAAUAGUAUUGCUUCGGCCUCUACUGCUGCAGGUGGUGGUGAAGAAGAAGAAAGAAGAAUCUCGAGAAAGGGAAAAGUAACUGAGUCUUUAGAAAAACCUGUAAGUUCAAAUGGUGAUGGUGUUAUGAAAACUAUUCAAUCUAUAGAAGAAACAUACCGUAGUGCACGUCGCAGAUGGAGUCGUCAAGAAAAAGAGUUUAAACGUUAUAUGCAAAUACUUGAGUCUACAAUAUCGCGAAUGGAACGAAAUAUGCCAUCAGGUAAACUUAACACAGCAUCACUUUUUAACGUGACACUUCAACUAGUAUCUUGUGAAGGGUUAUUAAAUAGACGAAACAAUGGCAUUGGGUGUAUUGACCCUUACGUUGUACUUUACAGCCCAAUUGGUGAAAAGGCUUUAGAGACACUCCCACGCGAAGAUACUGUUUCUCCGCAGUUUGAUGAAGGAGGGGAUGUUGUGACCCUUAAGAUGGUUCAAGGUUCUCCUUGGUAUGUUCUUGUUGAGGUUUACUCACGAGGACUAAACAAUGUACGGCUCUUCUUGGGAGAAGCAAAAAUUCCAGUUGAAUUAUUAUUAUCGGAUGGAGUCAUAAUGGGAAAAGAAAGACAACACGUGGUGAAACUUCGUCCGCGGGAUCGUGAACCAGAUGGAGAGAUUGUAAAGUCUGCACAUCGUUUAGGACAAGUGGUGUUUCGAGUAACAGCAACAGUAGUGGAUGCUAUUCCUCUUCAUAGGAUUUCUCGUCGAGCUGUACGCUUUUCAGGGCGAUUGAUUUCACCCCAACAAGAUGGUGAAGUGCCUGGUUCUGCAGAGUAUUUAUCGGAAAAGAUAAAAAAUUACAAUCCUCCUCUUUUAGUUCCUAGUAAUAAUACUAUAACUAUUCGAGUAGUGAAAGCGAAAGAUAUUCUUAAAGGCGAGUCUGGAAUGAAUUUUAAUCCUUUCGUAGUUAUUUAUGACCUUUCUGGUAGUAAAGAGUUACUACGUACUCCAGUGGCUGUGGGUACCAAUAAUCCUUCAUGGGAUAAUUCUAUUCAGGCAAGUCUUACGCUUACUACUGGAACCCUACAAGAGGGUAUUAUUUUUCGUCUAAAUAAUUAUAAUAGGGAUGGAAAGGAAGAGUUUCUUGGAGAGGCAUACUUUUCAAGAGAAGAGAUGUAUUCUGGUAAAGAGUGGCAUGAAUUAACUCUUCGUCCUCGCAAAGACGAGAUGUUAAUGUAUAUACGAGAAAACCAAAAUCGACUUGGUAAAUUGCUUAUCCAGUGUAUACAGGAGAAUAAAGGGAAUAAAAAUAUCCUUCAAAACAAGGAACUACAUUCAACAAUAGAGCCCAUUCGUAAAAUCCUUGGACAUACAGAGUCCUCCAAAAUAGUUCAGGAUGAAUCCAGUACAAAUUAUAGUAAGAAUGUAUUACAACCUUUACCGAUUCAAAUAUAUGUGGAGGCUUGUAAAGGUCUUCAUGGUUAUUACAGAGAAGGAAAAGUAUAUGUGCGUGUUGUAGUACCGAAUUCUACUUCUUUUAUUACACCUGUUUUGCCUUGUAUAUCAACUCUUUCCUGGAGUAAAGCUGAGGGUUCUACAGUAGCGAUGUUGCAUCCACUACAAUCUGGAGUUAUUGAAUUUCAUGUUAUUGAAAAAGGUAAUCAAGAAGGAGAAAAUGAACGUCCACUUGGUUAUGCACAGUUUUCUGUUCUGGAUCUUUUCCGUGGAGGAUUUGGUAAGAAGGAGUUAUUACUUACUGCAUCUCCACAUACAACAGAGAUACCAGUUUGUGAAAAUUCCAAUAAUCUUGGCAGUGUGGUGAUUUCCUUUUUACUCCUCAGUGAAGAACCAUUAACUGGGUCGCCGCGACAGGUGUGUGCCGCUACAAAUGACUCGAAUGAGAAUAACAGGAAGAAGGAGGAAGAGAAGAAAAAAGAAGAAAAAAAUGAGAAACCAGAAAAGAAAAAGGAUGAAAAUGAGGAGGAGGAGAAGGAGGAGGAGAAAACAAUUUCAAAGGGAACUUUAGGAGAUCCACAGGUUCCAUCGUCUCCAACUUCAUUACAAAUGCGUAUUUAUGUGAAAGAAGGUCAUGAUCUUUUAGACUGUGAUCACUCUAUGUUUAAUGUGCUGGGAUUGACGAAUCCACGGGUUAUGGUGUGGGUUGGACCUGACCAUGUCUUCACAGUCUCUGAAAAACCGAAUACGGUGAACCCCAAAUGGACCCAAGAAGAGGGGGAAGUUCUCGUUUGUGCUCAGUCAAGUCAGAUCAUUAGAUUUGAGGUACAAGAUGUGGAUGUUGCGGGAUUUGAUUCGAUGGGUUGUGCCACUAUCCAUGCCUCUGAAAUUAUUGCAUCACCUGGAGAGCACAGUUUACCAGUGAUAUUAGAUGGGAAACAAUAUGGGAUAUUGGAUGUUGUUUUUACAUUGAAUGAGAGUGGCACCAACCAAAACUAA